GCACGAGCUCGGCUCCCCUUCUCUCAUAUUCUGUCUCCCAUUAUCCGCUCGUUCAUUCUCCCUCUUGCCGUUCGUUCUCGCUCUGCGUUCCCCCUUCGCGCGACAGAAACCAUGGUUGAGGCUUUCGUUGGCACAUGGAACCUGAAGGAGAGCAAGAAUUUCGACGACUACAUGAAGGCUCUCGGUGUGGGCUUUGCAACACGGCAGGUUGGCAGCAUGACCAAACCCACCACAAUAAUUUCCUUGGAAGGGGAUGUCAUCACACUAAAGACAGUCAGCACUUUCAAGACCACAGAGAUCAAAUUCAAACUGGAAGAAGAGUUUGACGAGACAACUGCAGAUGACCGUAAAGUGAAGUCUUUGGUGACCAUUGAUGGAGGCAAGUUGGUGCAUGUUCAGAAAUGGGAUGGCAAAGAGACGACACUGGUCCGAGAAGUCAACGGCAACAAUCUCACACUGACACUAACUCUUGGUGAAGUCGUCUGUACGCGAUCCUAUGUGAAAGGAGAGUGAAGUGAAACCCAUCCUGCAACCCUGUCCUUGGUCCUGCGCAUGCCUUCUUUUUGGUCAAGUACAUUUUCAACGGUUAAUAGUCCUUGCCCCCUUUUCUUUGUUCCGUACCCAAAAAGGGAAUAAAACUACCUUUUACACCCAAAAA